CGCGGAGACCGGCUUGUUCAAAAUGAGUUGUACAGUUAGGGGGAAGCCGAAGUCAGGCCGUACUUGGAAAACAGUUCGUACUGCGAAACACAGUGCAAUUAAAAAAGACAAAGGUAUACGUACAUCAUUUCAAGUUCGUAGAAAAAUUGAAGCAGAAAUUAAAAAAAUUCGUAAUGAAUCUAUUGAACGAAAAAAAGCAAAAGAUGAAUUAAAAAGAAUGAAACGUUUAAAAGAAGAAGAGAAACAUCAACGUAAAUUAGAAAACGAACGUCGUUCAGAAAUUGUUGUACCGAUAACAAAUCCGGCAAAACUUAAACGUUUACGAAAAAAACAAAUGCGGACAAUUGUAACACGAUGAAAAAGAAGAUUAUUUUUGGCUAUAAUAAAUUUCAAAAUAUAAUACUUUUGUAUGUU